AUGAAAUUUCUCUCCCUUAGCAUUAUCACCGUGGCUAUGGACCUGCUUUGUGCAACGCAUUCUUUUGAGGUCGUUACGGUUGCUAAUAGGAGAAUGCGUGCGCAAAACACUCGUGCCACUAAUACGGAGACUGCACUGACUCAUGAAUUUGCCUGCAUGAAUAAGGUAAUUCAAGGAACAGUAGCUAUAAACGCGAUAAAUCAACUGCAAGCCCCUGUUAGUGAAAGGAGAGAUAAUGGUAGAAGGAAAAAAGUAUUCAUCAUUGAUGAGUUUACUCAAGAUAUAGUCAGUAUAAAAUACUUUGCCCAAACAUCAAUGAACAACAGAUACGAGAAAGUCAUUUCUGUCAUGAAUAAUCUGAUGGCUAUGCCGUGUGAAAUGUUAGCGCGUGGAACGGCAAAUACUAUAAAUGACAAGAAUAUGGAACAUCGAAGACAUCUUGAAAUGAUCACAGUUCAAACUGUUGCACAGCAUUUAGCCGAUCAGGAGGACUAG